UUGUUCACAGCUUUUCUUUUCUUUUCUCUCACAUUUCACCUCUGCCACUACCAAACCCCAAACAACUCUCUCUCAAAAGGAAUUUCUGGGACUCUUCGCUUUGUUUUUCUAUUAUUUUCUUUACAAUUUUAUAGUCCGUUGAAUCCUUCACCAUACUCUCUUCCUUUCCCUUCUCUGUUUCUCUAAUCUCUCUGCCAGAGAUUCUUUUGCUGUUACAUAUUAAGAUUUGGUGACAAUGAACACGCAACUUUUGGAGAUUGAGCCGAAGGAACUUAAAUUCGUAUUUAUAUUGAAGAAGCAAUGCGCCUGCUCGGCAACGCUCACAAAUAACACUAACCAAUAUGUUGCUUUCAAGGUUAAAACUACAUCUCCUAAGAAAUACUGCGUGCGGCCUAAUGUUGGCAUUGUUAUGCCAAAAUCAACCUGUGAUUUUUCAGUUAUCAUGCAAGCUCAGCGUGAAGCCCCUCCUGAUAUGAUAUGCAGAGAUAAGUUCUUGAUUCAAAGUACAAUUGUCCCUGCAGGAACAACUGAUGAAAACAUUACAUCUGCCACAUUUGUGAAGGACAAUGGAAGGUAUAUAGAAGAGAACAAGCUUAAGGUUGCUCUUGUCAGUCCUCAUUCGCCAGUGUUAUCGCCAAUUAAUGGGAGAAUGAAUCAAGGAAUGGAUUAUGAUAGAGUUGGGAUUCCUGCAUCACUUCCGACGGUUGCGAAGGUUGAGGAGUCAAAGACGAUAAAUAUCGAGGAUUUAAAGUCGGCUAAGGAUUUAGAGUGGAAGCCAAGGAAUGAUAUGUACUAUGAGGAGGAAUUAAAGCCAAAGAAGGAUGUAGAGUGGAAGCCAAGGGAGGAUAUGAACUAUGAAGAGAAAUUAAAGCCAAAGAAGGAUGCAGAGCUGAAGCUAAGUAAGGAUAUGUUCUAUGAGGAGGAAUUAAAGCCAAAGAAGGAUUUAGAACCGAAGCCGAUGAAUGAUGUUAUCGGCGAGGGCUUAAAUUUAAUAAAAGACACUAAUCUGAAGCCAAAGAAUGAUUCUUUCAAUAGCAAGGAGUUAAAGCCAGUGGAAGAUGAAGAAUCCAAGCCGGUGGAGGAUAUUCUCGAUGCCAAGGAACUGAAGACAGUGAGGGAAAAGGAGUUCAAUGCGUUGAAGGGUGACGAGGUGAAAAAAUUCAAGACUUUGGAGGAUAUAAAGUUUGCCAAAGAUGUGCAGGAAAUGAAAUCAAAAUUAAGUGACCUUGAAUCUAAGCUAGGCAAGGCUGAAGCAACCAUUUCAAAACUGACAGAGGAGAGGAGCCUAAGCACUCAGGCAAGGAAGACCUUACAAGAAGAACUCGCGCUGUUGAGGAAAAGGAGUGAUGUGAGACGAGUUCAAGUGGGAUUCCCUUUCCUAUUUGUGUGUAUGGUAGCAAUGGUAAGUGUGUUUCUGGGAUAUCAAUUGCACCAUUAACAAACAAUACUUCGUUUCUCCAUGUGAUGCUCAUAGAGGGGGUUUUGUGAAUAGUUAGUGGAAAGACGGAGUUUGAAAUAUUUUGCUGAUCAUAGCAGGUGUGCACAGUGUAUAGGGAUGGCAAUAUAAAGCAAGAAUUUGCGUUGUGAAUGUUUGUAUUAGCUGUUUUUGCCAGAAAGGAAAAGAACAUAUGAGAUCACCCAUAGAUUAGAAU